AUGUCCACAGCAAAAGCUCGUAGCGCACAUGCGAAAGCAAUCUUAGGCCCAGAGCUGUUCUCCAAGCUUGCCAACACCUCUGUACUACUAGUUGGCGCGGGUGGAAUAGGCUGUGAACUACUAAAAAACAUCGUCCUAACAGGCUUUGGAAAAAUCACACUCCUCGACCUGGAUACCAUUGAUAUUUCUAACUUAAAUCGUCAAUUUCUGUUCAAGAAGAAGGAUGUGAAGCAGAGCAAAGCCACGGUCGCUGCUCAAACCGCCUCUCAAUUUAAUCCCAAUGUCCGCAUAACUCCAAUUCACGACAACAUCAAAGAACCUCAGUAUGAUGUUCAAUGGUUUCAACAAUUCGACAUUGUUUUGAACGCUCUUGACAAUCUGGAUGCUCGUAGACAUGUAAACAAAAUGUGUAUGGCUGCACGGGUUCCUUUGGUGGAGUCAGGGACAGCAGGAUAUCUUGGACAAGUGCAACCACUCCUCAAGGACGAAACCGAAUGUUUUGAUUGCAUACCAAAACCCACUCCAAAAACAUUUCCCGUGUGUACGAUUCGGUCGACGCCAAGUCAGCCCAUCCACUGCAUUGUUUGGAGUAAGAGCUAUCUCAUGGGGCAGCUCUUCGGUGAGGAUGAAGACGCAGGUGGUGAAUUGGAUGAAGCCGAGAAGCAAGGAGAGAACAAACAAGAGAUCGCUGCGCUUAGAAAAGAAGCUCAGGCUUUUAGAGUCGUGAGAGACUCUUUGCGAGAUAGCAAUGCGACGAAUGCUGCGAAGUUAGCAUUCGAUAAAGUUUUCAAUGCCGAUAUCAAGAACCUGCUUGUCAUGGCCGAUAUGUGGAAGUCGCGAUCGCCGCCGACUCCGCUUGACUAUGAUGCCAUACUCGACGAGACAUUCUCGAUUGGAAAAGGCAAUGGAACCACCUCAUCAAGCGCCGUUGCCAGCGGUAGUGGAACCAAUUAUUCGCCCUCUUUAAAGGGUUACGCCAAUGGCAGUGCUGGCACAUCUCAUCUGAAGGACCAACGCGCACUAACUUUAAAAGACAAUUUGGAACUUUUCAUUUCAAGUACUGACCGCUUGGCUGAUCGCCUACGGCACGGGGAAACGACCAUCACAUUCGAUAAAGACGAUGACGACACUCUCGACUUUGUCACCGCCGCCUCAAACCUUCGUUCCUUCGCUUACGGCAUUGAAACCAAGACCCGUUGGGAAGUCAAAGAGAUGGCAGGAAAUAUCAUUCCGGCAAUUGCGACAACAAACGCGAUCAUCUCAGGUUUGAUAGUUCUUCAAGCUCUGCAUCUUCUUAAAAAAAGCCAUGGACAGCUACGGAACGUCCACGUCCAGCUAAAGCCAUCCGUUCCCCUCAACUCUAUACGCCUAAGUCCACCAAACCCUCAGUGCGGCGUAUGCAAGGAUACUUAUGCAACUGUACUCUGUGAUCCCUCACGGACGACUCUUCGCGACAUCGUCCAGGGCAUCAUGGAUGAUGAUGGGAGAGAAGUCAGCGUUUAUGAAGAUAAGCGUGUUUUAAGCGACCCAGACUGGGAUGACAAUAUGGAUCGCACUCUUGCGAGCCUUAAUGUUACCCGAGGCAAAUUUGUUUCCAUAGUAGAUGAAGAUGGAGAAAAAGCCACAAUAUCCAUCGCUAUCUGCAAUCUUCCACCCAACCACCCUGUGGAUGGCCCAUCGUUUAUUCUUCCCUCACCUUUGCCAAAACCUCCGCCAAAAGUCAAGCCUGCGCCUGAGCCAUCAACUCCGCCACGAACAUCGCAGAAGCGGCCUCUACCGGUGGAAACUGAGGAUGGUGUGAUUGAUCUCGCUCCGACCCCCAAAAAGCCUAGACCAGGUCGAACAAGCACAACCAACGGGUCUUCGGCUAAAAAGCGGAAACUGGACGACGGCUCAAGUCCAAGCAAGAGACGACGCUUGGAGGAAGACGGUGUGGUUCUAAUGGAUGGUCCGAAUGAUGAUCUCGGUCCUUCGGAGCCAACGCCGGAACUACCGCAGGGGCAGACGGAAGCUGAAUAUAUCACUAUCGACUCAGAUUGA